GUCACUCGGGAGAGUCGUCCGCCGCUUGCCGCUCCCGGUCGUUCCAAACUUGGCGAGCACGUGCGCUCCCGGUACAAACUUACUUGAUUUCAUUUUCAACAAUAAUUUGUUUAAUUAAGGUGAUAAUAUUAAAGUUCAGUAGAAGUAGUGCUGCCGCGGAAUCCUGGCUUCUUCCUUUUUAUGCUGUUUGGACAACAGGAUGUAACGUACUUCUGAGAAGAUUAUGUCAGAAACCCAAUCUCAAGUAACUAGAAGAUUUGAAGAAACAAAACCUAAAAUGAAACAUUAGUGGUGACUAUUAUUUAAAAUGGAGUCCACUGAGGAUGAGUUCUACAGCAUUUGUCUGAACCUCACCAGCGAGGAGGUCGCCACCCUCGGCGGCUGUAAUUAUAGCACCGAGUUCGAGAACGGCGAGCUCCUGGAGAAAGUCGUCUCCAGAGUGGUGCCCAUCUUCUUCGGCUUCAUCGGCAUCGUGGGCCUCGUGGGCAACGCCCUCGUUGUGCUGGUGGUGGCCGCCAACCCGGGCAUGAGGUCCACGACCAACCUCCUUAUCAUAAACCUAGCAGUCGCCGACUUACUCUUUGUAAUUUUCUGCGUUCCCUUCACCGCCACCGACUAUGUCAUGCCAAGAUGGCCGUUCGGCGACUGGUGGUGCAAGGUGGUGCAGUACUUCAUCGUGGUCACGGCCCACGCCUCCGUGUACACGCUAGUCCUCAUGUCCCUAGAUAGGUUUAUGGCGGUGGUCCACCCCAUAGCUUCAAUGUCCAUCCGGACCGAACAGAAUGCCCUCCUCGCCAUCGCAUGCAUCUGGGUCCUCAUCCUCACAACAGCAAUUCCGGUCGGAAUUUGUCACGGGGAGAGGGAGUACUCUUAUUUCCACAGAAACCAUUCUUCGUGUGUAUUUCUAGAGGAACAGGGAUACAGCAAACUAGGCUUCCAGAUGUCGUUCCUGCUAUCUUCAUACGUGAUACCACUGGCUCUGAUUAGUGUCCUGUACAUGUGCAUGUUGACGAGGCUGUGGAGGAGCGCCCCGGGCGGGCGUGUGUCGGCCGAGAGCCGCCGCGGACGGAAGAAGGUCACGCGCAUGGUGGUCGUGGUCGUGGUGGUGUUCGCCGUGUGCUGGUGUCCCAUACAGAUCAUCCUGCUGAUGAAGGCGCUGGACGCGUACAGCAUCACGUACUUCACGGUGACGGCACAGAUCGUGUCUCACGUGCUCGCCUACAUGAACAGCUGCGUCAACCCGCUGCUGUACGCCUUCCUCUCGGAGAACUUCCGGGUGGCCUUCCGGAAGGUGAUGUACUGUCCACCGCCACACAACGAAGCAGGACGGCCGCCUCCCACGAAGACGACACGAACUGGAAACGGCAACUCUUGCCACGAUAUCGUGUGAGAAUCGUUGCGCGGUCAGACGCACGCCGUGUCGGAGGUCGCCACUGCAGUCUGACGCGCCACACCUCACUCACACGCAUAACGGCGACGCUGUCUGACGCACUCCUCCUCGCUCACACAUGAUAGGGCGACGCUGUCUGACGCACUCCUCCUCGCUCACACAUUAUACGGCGACGCUGUCUGACGCACCCCUCCUCGCUCACACACGAUACGGCGACGCUGUCUGACGCACCCCUCCUCGCUCACACACAAUACGGUGACGCUGUCUGAUGCACCCCUCCUCGCUCACACAUGAUACGGCGACGCAGUCUGUCGCAGCCCUCCUCACUCAUACACAAUACGGCGACGCUGUCUGAUGAACCCCUCCUCGCUCACACACAAUACGGCGGCGCUGUCUGUCGCAGCCCUCCUCGCUCAUACACAAUACGGCGAGGUGAAAGUUAGUCAUCAUGUUAGUCAUUUAAUGCUUAUUUUAAGAUAUACAAAUACUAUGUUAUGAUACAUCGAAACAUUAAUAAUUUAUUAAUUAUUAUUGUCGUCCAAAUAUUUUUUUUGUAAAAUAAAUUUUAAUGAUAUCAAAAUUAAUUGGAUGAAACAAUUUUUUUUAACCUGUAUAUGUUAAUAGGUAUUUGUAAAUAAAUUAAAUUGUUUUAUUAUAUUUGUAAGGACUGAUGACGUGGUUUACGAUGUAUUACAUAAGAAGUGGUAACCUCUAACAAGAACAUAAUGUACAUAUCUAAUAAUACCUUUGAGGCUUUUUAAUAUUUUGGAAGUAUAAAGUAGACACGACAUCGUAGAAAAUAAUAAGAUAGUGCUUAUAAUAUUAUAACUGUAUACAAAUAUGUAAUAAGUAGCGAUUACUUUGUGAAUUGUAAAAAAUCUCCAUUAAUAUUAAAUGAGUAAACUAGUGAUAUACUUAGCUUUAUAUUGAAUAAGCUUUAAUGUUUGUAAAACAAUAUAAGAGUAGCCUAAAGUAUUCAAUAUGUACAUAUUAACGAUAGGUCUGUAUGAUGUCAUCAUCACACACUUGUGUUCAUAUUUCGAGCCCAAAUAUGAGCACAGGUUACUCGUACUUGGUGUAUGCUUUAUGGAGUUUGGAGUUUUCAUAGAUAGAUUAUUACACAUAGAAGAGUGUAACAUAUAUCAAGGGAGGUAAUAGUUGUGGGAUUACGCUUCAUGGAACCAGUGCAUGUAAUGCGCUUGUAAUAUAUAUUAUAUAGCACGUAGGAUAUAUAUGUUGUUUUAAAUAAACUAUAAAUUGUUUAAGCUUUCAUUUUAGAAUAAUAAAUAUGGAUCUUAAUGUUU